GGCAAGUGUCCACUCCCUUCAGAGUAAAAGCUACACCCCAGUCUUUCAGGAACUUGUUGUAAGCUAGAAGUAAAAGGACUGUUAUUGGGUAUUGACAUGAUGACUAAAAUGAGUUGGAUUGUAACAAUUUUGGAGAGAAACUCAGCACAGAUAAAGCUUAAGAUGAAGAGAAAUGGCAACCAAAGAUUCAUCAACAUGUGACCUGAAAGUUGUCCUUCUUGGUGGCAGAAACUCUGGGAAGAGCGAAGUAGGCAAUGUGCUGCUGGACAGGGAGGAGUUUGUCAUCAAGGAGCGGACCACGUGCUCUAGGAGGGUGGGAGAGGUGGCAGGUGGGUGGGUUAAUGUGGUGGACACACCUGGCUGGUGGUGUGAGUUCAGGGUGCAGGACACGCCUCAGCUGGUGAAAAGGGAGAGUGGUGAAAAGGGAGUGCGCAGUGUCUCUCUGUCCACCCUGGGACCCCAUAUUUUCCUUAUCGUCAUUGAGGCACACUCAGUGUUCUGUGAGAAGCGUCGCAGGGCUGUAGAGGAGCACCUGGCCCUCCUCAGUGAGAGAGUGUGGAGUCACUGUAUGGUCGUCUUCACCUGCAGUGACUGGCCUGGACACCUGCACAUGGAGCAGCAAGUCAAGAGAGGAGGCACGGCCCCCCUGUGGCUGGUGGAGAAAUGCAGUCAUAGGUAUCACUGCCUCAACAUGAAGAGUGGAUCAGGUGGAAAUCAGGUCACAGACCUGUUCAGGAAGAUGCAGAGACUGGUGACAGAAAAUAUUCACAGCUGUUUUAAAAUGGAGGGACUGCUUUUACAAGAGGUGGAUGAAAAGAAGAGGAUAGUGGAGCAAAGGGCUCAGCAGAGAUUGAUGAAGAUGCAGAAACAGAGAUCUCUGCUCAAUGGGGAGUCAUGUCAUCUCUCCGUAAUCAGAGUCGUACUGCUUAGAGCUCGGGGCUCAGGGAAGAGUUCAGCAGGAAACACCAUCCUGGGUCAAGGAGGAAGCUUUGAGGUCAGAAGGAGAACAGCGCAGUGCAUGGUGGGAGCAGGGGAUGUUGCCGGGAGACAAGUCACUGUGGUGGAUGAAUUACUUCUCUCAGGAUAGUCCUGUUGUUGAC